AUGGGUUUUGCGGAGCAAACUGGUAGCUGCCAAUACCGACCUCUGGUGGAACUUGGCUGCCAUUUGUCCCGCGCGCCUUUGCCCAAGCCAUUUAGGCCCAUCCCGGGUGCCGUAGCGGGGGCCGCGCCCAGCUGUUGCGGGGCGGGGCUGCCGCUGACCAUGGCGGGUGAGCUUGAGGGUUCCAAAGCUCUGAGCGGGCUGCUGAGCGGCCUGGCCCAGGAAGCUUUCCAUGGGCACCAGGGCAUCACGGAGGAGCUGCUGCGGAGCCAGCUCUAUCCGGAGGUGUCACUCGAGGAGUUCCGCCCCUUUCUGGCGAAGAUGAGGGGGAUUCUUAAGUCUAUUGCAUCUGCAGACAUGGAUUUCAACCAGCUGGAGGCAUUCUUGACCGCUCAAACCAAAAAGCAAGGUGGGAUCACAUCUGACCAAGCUGCUGUCAUUUCCAAAUUCUGGAAGAGCCACAAGACAAAAAUUCGAGAGAGCCUCAUGAACCAGAGCCGCUGGGACAGUGGGCUUCGGGGCCUGAGUUGGAGAGUUGAUGGCAAGUCGCAGUCAAGGCAUUCCCCUCAAAUUCACACCCCUGUUGCUAUAAUGGAGCUGGAAAUAGGGAAAAGUGGACAGGAAUCUGAAUUUCUGUGUUUGGAAUUUGAUGAAGUCAAGGUCAAUCAACUCCUAAAGAAGCUCUCAGAGGUAGAAGAAAGUAUCAGCACACUGAUGCAGCCAGCCUAGCUGAAGAUGGAGUUGUUGAAGCAAAGGUGUUCAUGAUCCCUCCCCAGUGAUCUGGGGUUUUUUGUUGUUUUGUUGUUUUUUUAAAAAAAUCUUUUGCCCCCAUUAGUAUUAAAUCCUCAAAUUCAAAUCUU